AUGCCUGAAGAGUCUAAACAUCCUGUUAUACGGGCAAAGGAUCUUCAUAUCUCAGACAUCAUUCUGAGGCAUGUACAUCAAGAGGUGGGACAUUGUGGCUGUAACCAUAUGUUACCCAGGUUGCACCAAAUGUACUGGAUUCCUGGUGCUAGUACAGCUAUAAGACGAAUCCCGUCUAAGUGUGUUGUUUGCCGAUGGACGCACGCAGCUCCAGGAUGCCAGCCCAUGGCAGAUCUACCUCUGGACAAGGUCUCUCCCAAAGAACCUCCAUUUACACGUGUGAGUGUGGACUACUUUGUACCUUUUGAGGUGAAGAGCAGAAGUGGAACAGUGAAGAGCUCCCUGGCAAAUCCAGCUUCAGCUGGGACGGACUUGGUUUACAAAUCCACAGAGUACAAGGCUGCCUCAGUGCUGUUGGUUUCGACAAUAUGUGGAACUGGAAUCAUCGGGAAUAUUAUGGUGGUGCUGGUGGUCAUGACCACCAGGCGCAUGAGAACUCCAACUAACUAUUACCUGGUCAGCCUUGCCAUGGCUGAUCUGAUGGUCCUAGUGGCAGCAGGUUUACCUAAUAUUUCUGACAGUCUGAUUGAUGAAUGGAUCUAUGGGCAUGUAGGCUGCAUGGGUAUCACCUACCUACAAUACCUGGGCAUCAAUGCAUCAUCAUGUUCCAUUACAGCAUUCACUGUGGAACGAUACAUCGCCAUCUGCCACCCAAUGAAAGCACAGUCCAUAUGCACAGUCUCCAGAGCCAAGAAAAUCGUAACGUUUCUUUGGGUAAUUACCUCCUUCUAUUGCAUGCUGUGGUUUUUCUUGGUAGAUCUCAACAUCAACAGCAGGCAGAACGCUGAAUGUGGCUACAAAGUCUCCAGGAAUCUGUACUUGCCCAUCUACUUCAUCGAUUUCACCAUCUUCUAUGUGAUCCCUUUGAUUGUGGCCUCAGUGCUGUACGGUCUGAUUGGCCGGGUCCUGUUCCUCAGUCCCAUUCCAAGCCAAGUUAAUACAGGCCCUGAGCAACGGAACGAGCGUCGUGGGUCAGAGCAAAUCGGCUCCCACACUGCUAGCCGAACAAGCAAGGGAUCGAUCUCAUCCAGGAAGCAGGUCACUAAAAUGCUUGUUGUGGUUGUUAUUCUGUUUGCUGUACUCUGGAUGCCAUACAGAACAAUAGUCGUCGUCAAUUCCUUCAUGGACAAGCAAUUCGACAAUGUUUGGUUCCUCUUAUUCUGCAGGCUAUGCAUCUAUACCAACAGUGCUAUCAAUCCUAUCAUUUAUAAUCUCAUGUCUCAGAAAUUCAGAUCCGCUUUCAAAAGACUGAGCAACUGUAGCCAAGCUAACACACAGCAGCGACCACUGUACACAACUCCUCUUAAUUACAGUGCGAUGCAGAAUACGGUCAAAGUUAAUGGCAAGCAACACGGUGAAAAGCAGAAUGAUCGGGGGAAAAGUGACAACAUAAAAAUGGAAUCUACUUCAUCUACAAUAGAAGAUCAGAUAUACUCCAGUGUUUAA